CUUUUCCUCUUCUAGAAGCUACACAACACAAUGUCUUCAACUACCAAGAUCAAACCCCACACCAAAACCAUUCCUCUGAAGACUGCUGAUGGGAACUCUUCACCUUAGUCGAGCUUGUCGCCAUGGAAUUCAAAAUCAUCAAAUCCUUCUUCGACGACAACCUAGACAUAUCUUUCGAUGCUGUUGUCCCCCUCACCAAUGCCAACUUGAAGGAACCCACAAAGCAACCGACAAGAUCAAAAAAGAAAAGCAUGGAGUACGUAAGGAGGUUUUUCGAUAUUGAGAAUGACUACACCCCCGAGGAGGAGGCAAGAGUUAGGGCCAAGAAUGCCUGGGCCUUCGAGGGUGUCGACCCUGACAAUGAUGUUAUGGAUUCAGACGUGGUUAUGGAUUCCACCCAAAUAUCAAUACAGUGAUAGACUUUGGUAAAUGGAUUGGGCUAGAUUCAGGGUUUCACUAUUGCCUACUAUUGACUCUAUCGUGUAUAUGGUGCUUUAAAGUGUUUUUUUUUUUUUAAUAAAUUGUUAUAAUAAUU